AUUGGCAUCGCGAACGCAUUGAGUUAACAGUCGUUAAAUGUUAACCGGGUCGUUUACGUCGAGCAGUUUUUGAACUGUCAAAUACGUAUGUUUUGUUUUGGUUGGGAAAGCGUCUAUGAGUGUGGUUAUAAUUUGCAACAGUGAACAACAAAUUAUAAUAGAAAUACAUUGCUAUGAAUAUAUUACCAUUGAUUUUUGCUCGAGAUAACAACGAAAGCGAUGCAGAUUUGUCAGCGUAUCGCAGGAAAUUGCGCAAACAAUUGGAUCCUUUCAUGCUUUCCGAUAAAGCAUUUGUUCGCAACUUUCGCGUCAACAAACGUUUGUUUAAAAAGAUCUUACAUUUAAUUGCUCCUGAACUAAAACCGCGUCACAAUAGGGGGCUUAAAGCAAAGCAAAAGCUGGCUGCAACGCUGAAAUUUUUAGCUCAAGGGUCAUACCAGCUAGGUGUUGGUAACGAUUUUACCAUACCUAUGGCGCAAUCAACCUUUUCAGAAGUCUUACAUGAGACUUUGAGAGCAAUGCAAACAAAAUUGCUCAAGUAUAUAACGUUGCAAAUGUCUGAAGUGGAAAAAACAGAAGCCAGAAAUUACUUCUACCAAAAAUCUGGAAUCCCUGGUGUUGUAAUGUGCAUCGAUGGAUCUCAUAUUAGAAUUCUGGCCCCUAACGGAGAUCGUGUGCCUUACUAUUAUAGAAAAGGGUACUACAGUUUAAACGCGUUGAUGAUAUGCGACAACCGUAAACUUAUCCGAUUCGUCGAUGCAAGGUUCAGUGGCUCGAAUCACGAUUCAUGCAUUUUUAGUAUGAGCCCAGCUUUUAAGUUUUUCGAAAGGAAAUGGAGAGAUGGAGAUAAAAUGUUCAAAUUGUUGGGUGACUCUGCUUAUCCUGCGAAGCCAUGGUUGAUAAAGCCCUACAUAAAUGCUGCACCUAAUUCACCUGAGACAAAUUUCAAUCAGAGACAUGCACAAGCUCGUGCCGUGAUUGAAAACGCAUUUGGUGUUCUGAAAGGAAAGUUCAGAUGCCUCCUUGGUGAAAGACUGCUACGAUAUUCUCCAUCCAAAUGCGUGCGGAUCAUUAACGUCAGCUGUGCCCUGCACAAUCUGUGCAUAAUGAAUAACAUGCCAGAAAAUCAUUGUUAGAUAAUCACCACUAUUGGGCUUAGCUAUCACUGAAUUGUUCAUUACCACUAGUAGGAUAGUACGGUCCAUACGAGGCUUGACCCAUGACGGGCAUAAAGUUAAAGUUAUGUUUGUGUCUAAUGUUUAUGGGAAAUAAUUAUUUUUUUUUUAUAUCAAG